CCCCACUCCUUUAGGCAACCUCAGCUGAUCCUCGCGGUAUUUCAGUCCGGACUCCUGCGGGUGUGACGAGAAAAGGAUGAUUGAGCCUUCUCGGUUCUUGAUCCGGAACUAGUUAUCCUGAAACCCCGGAAGAGCUGGAACGUUUCAUCCCAAGUUACUCCAUGACUACCCGCCUACAUCUUCGCCUGGUGAUCGUUGGAUCCCCGAGCCUGUUCAGCAAGUCAUCCUUUGGAAGAAAAGGAAUCAAGAUGCCGGGAAGGGUUAGGAAUCGGAAUUGCUAGUUUUCCAACAGAGCCACGCGUUUCCGGCAGUAUCGAUGCACUCUCUCCGAAUGGGAGAAAAUAGCGAGCAAGCCUCACGCUCUCUGCUGUGUAUUCACGCGUUUCAAGCUGUGGGAAGAAAAGAUUUCUAAGGUAUGUGUGCUGCCAAAGUGACCACAGAAGUUAGUCACUUUAAACACCGGAUGUUCUCUAAAUCUUUGGUUAUGGAAUACUUGGCUCAUCCUGGUAUACUAAGCCUGGCUGCUGGAGUUGCUUGUGGCAUCUGCCUUGGCUGGGGCCUCCGAGUACGCUUUGGGAUGCUCUCUGAAAACUCAACGAGUCAGACACAUACAGAUACUGGAACUGAAGCAAGCAUCUUGGGAGAGACUGGGGAAUACAAAAUGAUUCUUGUGGUUCGAAAUGAUUUAAAGAUGGGAAAAGGAAAAGUUGCUGCCCAAUGCUCUCACGCUGCUGUUUCUGCCUACAAGCAAAUUCAGAGGAGAAACCCUGAGAUGCUCAAAGAGUGGGAAUACUGUGGCCAGCCCAAAGUGGUGGUCAAAGCCCCUGAUGAAAAAACCCUGAUUGAAUUAUUGACCCAUGCAAAAAUGCUAGGACUGACUGUAAGUUUAAUCCAAGAUGCUGGACGUACUCAGAUUGAACCAGGUUCCCGAACUGUCCUGGGGAUUGGGCCAGGACCAGCAGACUUAAUUGACAAAGUUACUGGUCACCUUAAACUUUACUAGAUGGGCUUUUGCAUGAUGAUGAUCCUAUCAAGAGUUUUAGAAGCCUGUCAAAUUCUAAAAUUAAAAGCUCAAUUUCUUUCCCCAAUUUAAAUAUUGAGAUGAAAAUAAAUAAAAUUUGUUCUUGUGUUUUUCUGCUAA